AUGGCCAGCAUCGAUUCCCCAAACCAUUCACCCGCCCCACCUCUAUCCAACUUCCCCCAAAAUCCCGAAGAAUUCGACGCGGACCCACGCGUUUCCUUCUCGAAGCUCGCCAACAAGUUCAUUCUUGAAGCAGACAAUGGUGAGGAGUUCGAAUUCGAUGAUGCGCUGAAGAGAUGGGUUCCAGUGUUGGACAAUGCUUUGAUGGAGCAGCAAAGAGCCGCUUAUGCUGUUCAAGGCGUGGAUGAGUCGGAGCCGGCGCAGGCGGUGAAGAAGAGGAAGAAGCAGACAUAUGUCAAUGGGGAAGAUGAAACAGGUGGUCGAGCAAAUAUCAAGAAAGCAAAGCCCGCCCCAGAACCCCGGGAACGCAAAAACACUGCUGUCUACGUAACCUCGCUCCCACUUGAUACCACUGUCCAAGAAGUGCACGACGUCUUCUCACGCUGCGGUGUCAUUGCCGAAGAAAUCGACCGUGGUAAGCCUCGCAUCAAGCUGUACACCAACGACGACGGGAGCUUUAAAGGAGACGCCCUCAUCCUCUAUUUUCGAGCCGAGAGCGUGGAUUUGGCGAUACAGCUACUGGAUGAUACGGAUUUUAGAUUGGGUGAUGGGCAAAAAAUGAAGGUCGCCGCCGCGGACUUUAGUUAUAAGGCUCAAAAAGACGCGCCGGCGAAGAGUAAUAUGAAAGAUAAAAAGAAGAUUAUUAAGAAGACGCAGAAAUUAAAUAAUAAACUCGCAGAUUGGGAUGACGAUGAUCCACAGGCUAUUCAGGAUACCAGUUCACGGUGGGAUAAAGUGGUUAUACUGAAACACCUGUUCACUCUCCAGGAGCUCGAGGCGCACCCAGCGGCCAUCCUCGACAUCAAAGAAGACAUCCGAGAAGAAUGCGCCAAGAUGGGCGAAGUCACUAACGUUGUUCUCUUCGACAAAGAAAUCGAUGGCGUAGCAAGCGUGCGGUAUGGUAAUGAUGUGGCUGCGAAUGAGUGCGUGAAGGUCAUGAACGGCCGCCACUUCUCCGGAAUGGUCCUCGAAGCCUACAUCGCGGACGGGAAUGAAAAAUUCAAGAAGUCGAGCGAGAAGAAAGCAGCUGUAGUUGAAGAAGAAGAAGAGGGUGAAGAAGAGGGCAAGCGAUUGGAUCAGUUUGGGACUUGGCUUGAGGAAGAGGCCGGUGCUGCGAAAAAGUGA